UUAAAAGAAAGCUUCGCUUUGCAUCCACUACUACUUGCUCUCUCUCUCUCUCUCUCUUGCUUUCUCUCUCUAGCGCUCGCUCUCUGAGUAGAUCGCAUUUUUUCUUCUCUGCUAGCAUUUUUGGUGUGCUCUAGCUUAGACAUGGUGGCGGCAUUGUUGUUAUUAUUAUAGUUAUCGUUGUGAUCGUGUUCGUUGGUUGAGAAGAUGAGUUAUCGGAGUGUGAGGGAGUCUCUGAUCGGAGGGAGGAAUAUUCCGGCAGUUUCGCAGCACCGGCGAGGUCAUAGUCUGACCUCGAUUUCCAACUCCAAUUCCAAGGUCAACAGCUCCGCCGCCGUCCCCGACGAGAAUUUGGAUCUCUUCUCCAAAAAUCGCCGCACUCUCUCCGUCACGUCCUCCGACGAAUCUUCCGACGUUUCAGUGAAGUUGGGGAGACUUUCAAUUGGAUCAGCAAAAGUGUCUCGAAGUGGGAUUGAUGAUCUUUUGUCAUCUACAGAUGGAGGAAAGCAUGAUUACGAUUGGCUUCUCACUCCUCCUGGAACUCCUGAUUUUCUUUCGUCGGAGGGAAAAGAGUCUCAACCAAUUUCAGCAGCUCCGAGAAGUAGUUCUUUAGCUAGAUCAACUUCUGCCGUAAAGUCUUCAAGGCUUUCUGUAUCACAAUCAGAGAGUAACCAUACAUCAAGACCAAGUAGAAGCAGUUCCGUUACACGUUCUUCCCUCUCCACUUCACAAUAUAGUACCUAUUCCUCAAACAGAUCCUCCUCAAUCCUUAACACAAGCUCAGCUUCAGUCUCAUCUUAUACCAGACCAUCGUCCCCCAUCACCCGCUCUCCAUCUACAGCAAGACCUUCUACUCCAUCCUCCCGCCAGACACCAUCGCGCUCCUCAACUCCUUCAAGAGCACGUCCAACCCCAACUAGCUCUUCCAUUGACAAACCUCGGCCAUCACUAAGCUCAAGACCCUCAACUCCUAGUUCUAGGCCCCAAAUUCCUGCAAAUUUGAAUUCCCCUACUACUCGAUCAAUUUCUCGUCCAUCUACCCCCACUCGUCCAUCUACCCCCACUCGUCGAAAUUCAUUACCUGCUGUUUCUCAAACUGUUGGUCCUUCAACUUCAGUUGGGCGCAUUCUAUCAAAUGGGCGCGCUUCAGCACCAUCAUCUAGACCAAGCUCACCAGUUCCACGAGUUCGUCCCCCACCACAGCCAAUUGUCCCCCCUGAUUUUCCCCUUGAAACACCACCAAAUCUCAGAACAACUUUACCUGCAGACAGACCAGUUUCUGCUGGUAGGUCUCGUCCAGGUGCUGCUGCCACUGUGAAAGGGAACUCAGAAGCUCCAGCUCCCACCAAUAUAUCAAGAAGACAAUCAUCGCCUAUUGUCUCAAGGGGAAGACUUACUGAGCCUACUGGAAGAGGCCGUGUACAUGCCAAUGGACACCAUGCUGAUGUUCAUGAGCCUCGGAAGCCCUCACAUCUCCCAGAGUUAGCCAUGAGGAAACCUGUGAAGAGUUCAACAACUGCCACAGAGAGCACUGGAUUUGGAAGGACUAUCUCAAAGAAAUCACUGGAUAUGGCUAUCAGGCAUAUGGAUAUAAGAAAUGGCACGGGGAACAAUCGUCCACUUUCAGGCACCACUCUCUUCCCUCAAAGCAUACGAUCUGCCACACAAAAAAUCCAAUCCAUUCGUGCUCUGAGUGCUCCACCACCCAUCAUCAACAAUGGAAGCCUGCAAAACAGCAAGCAUGGAGUAUACUCAGAGAAUGGAAACAACAAUAUUAAUAGGCCUGUGAAUAAUGGAAAUGAAUUGGAUGAUGGAGGACGAUAUUCUUCAAGAUUGGGUGAAGUAGAUAUCUAUGAGAGCUCCCGAUAUGAUGCAAUAUUGCUCAAGGAAGACUUGAAGAAUACAAACUGGCUGCACAGUAUUGAUGAUAAGUUCGACCAAGGACCAAUCUUUGAUAAUGGAUUUGAGUCCCUACCAGAACCGUUUGGCCUAUUAUAGCAUCUUUUAAGUGGGAUUUCGAUUUGUUACUUAUUUUUUGAUUAUUGUUUUCUUAAUAUUUGGUUCUUUUAAAGAAUGGAAUCUGUCAAGAUUGAUCACUGAAAAACAGGAAGAAUGAAGAGGUAAUAUGUGUUUUCUGAUGAGAAACCAAUGGGAUCGUUGUUGGUUUUAUGUUACUGGUAAACUGCACUGCAAAACUGAGAUUGUUACAUUACAUUGACCUGUCUUGCGGGAUAUAAGAGCAAUAUCCCUCCUUAGGUUUUUACCCAAUCAUGUAAGCAUAAGUGGUCCAAAUCCAAAUACUUGUGUAUAAUCACUUCAAUGUAUCUCAUGGAUCAUAAAAAUUGAAGGGAAAAAAAUCUUAUAACU